UGAACUGUCAGAAGGUGAUUUUUCAGUGUGUGUGCGCGAGUUUGUGAGGUUUCUCCGCUGUUUUCUCCACUUGGGAGGCCUUUUUCCCAGUUCUCAGCUGAAAAUACCCACUCGUGACGCCAGUGUGCAGCCCCCCGUGAGGUGUUCCCGGUGAAAUAUCAAUCGCGUGUGGUGCAGAAAGUGAGGGAGAAAAAAUGGAAACAGGUGGAGCUUAUGGGGGUUCCAAAGCAGGUGCUGCCUUCGAUCCCAUCGCAUUUGUUCAGCGACCUCAAGUCAUCCUGCGGGCAGUGUGCUGGCUGUUCGCCAUCAUUGUCUUCGGCUGCAUCUCGUCUCAGGGCUGGCGUGUGGAUGACGCGGGGAAGGACGUGUGCCUGUACAAUGGCGACGCGAACGCGUGCAACUACGGCGUGGGAAUCGGCGUGAUCGCCUUCCUCGCCUCAAUGGGCUUCAUCGUGGGCGAGUAUCUGUUUGAGCAGAUGUCGUCGGUGAAGACGCGCAAGCACUAUGUGAUGGGCGACAUGGCCUUCUCGGCCUUCUGGUCCUUCCUCUACUUCAUCGGCUUCUGCUAUCUGGCCAAUCAGUGGGGCAAGGCUGAGGAUCCGCCGAUGGGCUACGGCGUGAACAACGUCCAGGCCGCCAUCGCCUUUUCCUUCUUCUCCAUACUGACUUGGGCGGGCUGCGCUUUCUUUGCAUAUCAACGAUUCAAGCAGGGCGUUGACGCCGCCUUCGCCGCCUACGACGCCGAUCCCACCGGCGGCAAUGCGUACUCCAGCUAUCCUGUUGGCAAUGAUGCGGAUCAGUACCACGAGCCGCCGUUCUCUGGCCAACAGCAGCGCGGCACAAAUGAGUUCCAGGCACCGACGUAUUAAGACGAGGGCGGAUUGUGUAGAUAAGAGACUCUGCGGAGGAAUUUAUCUGGACUGCUAAAGAUGAUUUCUUCAGUAGUUUGUUUAUUUGAAUGCACACAGAAGAAGACAAACUCGCAAUGAGGUUGCGAAGCAUCAAAGCAAAGAUGAUGAUAAAAAAAACAGGAUAAGACAAACUCACAACACACACUCAGAAGGUAUUAAUAUUGUGGGCGAAAUAUUAAGAAGAAAGAGAGUGAAGAUGAAGAUGAGGAAAAAAAAACGAAUUGAUGGUUUUAAUGUUAAUGCAUAAAAGUUAUUAAAGCAAGAUGAGAAAAAAAGUAAUAGUGAAGAAAUGAGAAUAUAAGAUUUAUUGUUGUUUGCCAGAGAAGACAAAAAGCAAAGAAAAGAAGACAAAUUUGUAUAGAUCUUUAACACAAAAUGUUGAUUUUCUUCUCACACUUCCUUUCUCUCAUCCCAUAUUUUCCAACCAGAAGUGGCAAUUAUUUUGUCUUAUCUUAUUGAAAACCCACGUAAAAAGGACUCUUGAGGGAUUGAAUCCAUAUCGUUGACGUUUUGCAUUUUGUGUGCAAACUUUUUGGGCUCAAAGAAAAGAAGUGACGAAAAAACAUUCCCAUCGGCGUUGAUUUUUUGGACCAAAUGGAAAAAUGAUUGAAGCAAGAGGGAAAUGAAGAAGAUCCACUCAUUCUUCAAUAUCUUUGAUAUCAUUCCCCCCGAUUUUUUAUCCUUCCCAUCUUUUCUACCGCGACACUUUUUGUACGAAGAAGAAAAAAGGAAGUUUUGGGAAGAUCGAAUGAAAGAGAGAGAAAUAAUACUUAAUAAUUGGGAAUCUCAGUAUUUUUGUGCGUCUCUCUUGCAAAAAUUUUAUUGUAUCGAAAUGAAGGAGAGAAAAAAACCACUUUGUUUUCAUGAGCAAACAAGAAUAUAAUAUAUAAAUAUAUAUGAAAAAAUGCAAUAAAAGAUGAUAAGACAAUGUUGAAAGACACUCUGCUUUAUAGACAAAAUGAAAAAAAUACAACAAGAAUUGUAAUAAAGAGAGAUUAAUUCAAUCUCGAAGUAUUUAUAAAUGAUGAGAAAUGAAACUACAUAAAUGAAUUGUAAGGAUUGUUUAAAGUGGAAAAUAAUGUGAAAAUGGCGUAGAGUUUAAAAAAAAUAUUAUUAUACAUAUAUAGAAUAUAAAUAAUAUUGUAUUUAGAGACAUGAUUGAUAAGGGAGAAAAAGUCAUAGUAAAAAAGGCGUUAAUAAUUCAUUAUUGAUAAACAAGAGAAGACAAAAAUUCUAGUCGCUGAAAGAAGAGAAGAGAAGAAAAAUGUGUAUAAUUAAGGUUAAAUGGAGAAAAUACUGCGCUGUUCAGUUUAUCUUUAACAUCCAUUCUAAAUCCUAAAUUGAUCCUAAACUCUGUUG